CUGAACACAAAGAAGCAUUGCAUUUAAAAAGAGAAAUGUAUUUCUGGCUGUCGUACCUAAAGAUAAUGACAGAGUAAGAUGACCCCUCGCGCAAUUUAAACUUAAACUGAAUUAAAAUUGCCAAGUUUAAAGAUUUGUAAAACAGGAAUAAAUGAAGUAAACUGAUGCGACAUGUGCAACCGCACGUGGACUUAACGUUUUGGAUACGAUGGUUGUAUAAUUUUCUGUAAAAAUCAUGGCCACUCCGUUGUAUGAUCCUAAACUAUCAGGAACCAAAUUCAAGAAUUGGAUUAAGGCUGGAUUAGGUGUAUUAUUAACUAAAGAAGGUAUUGAGCCUUUUGUUUAUGAUGAAAUAGAACAGUUCCAGCAGAAAUGUUUGAGUGACAUUUGCAACAACAAUGGACUACCUGCUGGUACCACCUGUUCUAGUUGUUGCACAGAAAAUGUUAUUGUUUGCCCCACGAAUAGGAUUUGUAAUGCAAGACGUGGAAAUUGUAACUUCCAUAGAAAUUCUGCCACGCAAUAUCUCCCGUCUGGCUGCCCUAACAAGAUAUGUCAUAAUUUUAAAAACGAGAUCCAACGUUCACAUCGAUACUAUGGUCCAUCCUAUAAAAACACUGAUGCUACCCAGUGGUGUAGUAACCCAUGGGAGGUUGCUAAAUGUUUUAUGCCACCAGACGGAUACAAGGAUGCGACGAAAUCUGCAGACACAGAUUUCAAUGGGAUCAUCAGUGUUAUCCUGAACUAUGGAGCAUUUCAGUCGAAAAUUUCCAACAAGAACAAUAUCUUUGAACAGGGUAGAGAGGUAGGCAAAGCAGUUCGACAUUGCCCACAGUUAGAGAUGGAAGAUACAGAUCUGCAACACUGUUUUAGUGUCUUACAGAAUUUGCUGUCAGAUCCUGCAUAUCUGUCUGCUAAUACCGAUGCACAGAAUGCUAAAACGAAAUUAUUACAGCUUCAAAAUGAUACCCUAGUCAUUGGUAAAGACGAUGUCCGGAAAGUGCUUGAUGAUAUUGGUAAAGCAGUUCAAGAUGAAAUAAGGACUGCAAAAGAAGAUUACAUGAAGAAUGCUAAAAUGAAAACGUUACAAAUUAUUAAACUCACAAAAACAUUUGUCAGUACAAUUGACAAACAUGGGAAAGCGUCAAUAUCUCAGUUAGAGAAAGCCUACAACUCUGCAAUGGAUGAAAUAGAAAAGCAAGCAAAGAAAUCGAUUGAAGACGUCCAGGCUGAAGGAAAAAAACAAAAAGAAGAUAUAAUUGCAGAAGGACAUACUGUGAAGAGACAGUUAGUAGAUGUGGCUGAUCAAGAAGUAAAAAGGUUGAAAACAGAGGCCACGGCUGGAAUUAAUACGAUGGAAGCGGAAGCCAAUACUCAGGUGAAAACAAUAGCAUCAGAAGGAGAAAAACAAAAAGAAGAUAUAGUUGCAGAAGGACAUACUGUUAAGGGAAAGUUAGUAGAUGUGGCUGAUCAAGAAGUAAUAAGGUUGAAAACAGAGGCCACUGCUGGAAUUAAUACGAUGGAAGCGGAAGCCAAUACUCAGGUGAAAACAAUAGCAUCAGAAGGUGAAAAACAAAAAGAAGAUAUAGUUGCAGAAGGACAUACUGUUAAGGGAAAGUUAGUAGAUGUGGCUGAUCAAGAAGUUAAAAGGUUGAAAACAGAGGCCACUGCUGGAAUUAAUACGAUGGAAGCGGAAGCCAAUACUCAUGCGAAAGCAAUUGCAUCAAAAGCUGGUGAAGUUGCAGAACAAAUAGCUGGAGCCAGAGAUGAAGUAUUAGAGCAGAUUGAGAAGACAAAAACAGAAAGCAAAGAAGAUAUAUACAACAAAUUGAAGAAUGAGCUGAAAGACGAUUUGGCUACCUUCUACAAAACAAGAUACAGUACAAUACCACUGUCACCGCUAGUCGAGGGACAUGACACUCCACUUGUAGAUUUUUACAUUUUGCCUGAAAUGAAUUUCAUUGAAAAGCAGGACAAAAAGCCAGCUGGGAAAGAGACUAAAACGCCUGUCAAAUCGUUGUCGGAAGUAUUCCAGUCUGAAAACAGUUGUGAAAUGUAUUUAACCGCUGAUGCUGGAUUUGGAAAAACUGCAUUUUCAAAAUACCUUGCUGUCACGUGGUGCCAGGCUCAUCGUCCCGAAAUGAAAUACAAAAAGUACUUCUCAGAAGAUUCGAUAACUGCCAUGCGUGAUUUUGAGUUUUUGUUUCUUGUGUUAUUACGGGAUUCUUCUGAUGAUUGUAGUAUUGAUGAUUUGAUAAUGAAUCAAAUUAUACAAAAUUUGGCACAGUCUUCAAAAAUGACAUUAGAAUCUAUACAGGGAAUUCUGCGCCGAGAACGAUUUUUAAUUAUUUUGGAUGCUCUAGAUGAAUGGGUCCAUCCUGAAAAGAAAUGUAAAAAAGAGCCAAAAACAAUCCCUCAUCGUAAUGCUCGUGAAAAAUGUGUAAUCCUUACAACAACAAGACCUUGGAAAUUAGGUGUGUUAAAUCUUAAAAAUAGUGAAAUAGAUAAGAAAGUGGAACUAGUAAAACUAACCUCCGAGUCAGCACAGACAUUAGAGGAAAGAGCGAUUUCAAAAAUAAAGAAUCUCGAUGUUGCUGAAGCUAAAAUCCUGGCCGAACAAUUAAAUAAAAAAAUCAAAGAAAAUAAACUCGAGGAAAUGGAAUCCGUCCCCCUUCUUUCGAUGUAUCUCAUUAGUUUAUGGUGUGAAGACAUUCCACUAGGACAGUCAAAGUGUGGACUAUAUGCAAGCAUUAUUGAACUCCUGCUGUCAAGAACUUUAAGCAAACAUCCGGAAAUGGAACCAACGGGCGAACCCUCCCAGAGUGAUAUCCCACAAUGCUUCAGUGAACAUGAACAUUGUAAUCAAUACUGCACGUAUCUGAAAGCUUUAGGUAAAUUGGCAUAUGAAACUUUAUUCAGUGAAACAAAGGAGAACACUCUUGUUUUUUACAAGGCAGUGGCAGAGAAGUAUCUCUCACCAAAUGAUUUGAAAUUAAGUCUAAACUCGGGAAUAUUAACACAAAGUACAGAAAAGACACUACUCAAACAAAUUACUAAAGUUUCGUUUUCGCACAAAACAAUACAAGAAUUUUUGUGUGCAUUGUACAUUAGCUGUCAAAAUGAAAAUGGUGUCAAAAAAAUUGUUCUAAACAAAUGCAAAAGUUUGCAAAGUAUUCUUGACAUGUCGACAGUGCUUGUUUUUAUCAACGGAAUGGUGAAUACAGAAAUCAUUUCUUCAAUAUCACAGGAAUUUCUUUCUGUUAUCAGUGAAGAUAAGACAACGAGCGAAUACAGAUCCACGACUGCCGAGUACUGUGAACCUCUGAAAGACAUACAAGACAUGUACAUUUCUUGUAUGAAAGAAAACACGAGCGAUAAGGAACUCAAACUUUUCUGUCAAGAUUUUUUCUUUAAAAAUAUCUACUGCGGUAAAGUAGAAAACGCACAGCUUCGUGUACUGUUGGACAAGUCGCCGAAAUGUGUCAAUGUUAGAUCGUUUGAUGAAACUCAUGGUUCUUGGAGCCGUGAAAUGUUGGAAACAUUACAGAAUAAUUCUCUGUUACAAGCAAUUUUUAUCGACGAGUUCAAGAUGAGCCACGAUGUACUGAAUGACUUUCUGAAUUAUAUUAUAAACAGAAAAACAAUGACGGAGAUUGAAUUGUGGGACUUAGACUGUACCGAGCACGGGGAUUCGUGUACUUUCAGUUUAGAUUUUAGUCAGCAUUCAGAUCUAAGGGUGUUACAAUUGCUCGAGAUACCUGAAGUGUCACAAUUGAAAGUUAAUAGUCAAGUGAAACACGUGGAGUUGUGGUGUAUCAAUCUAGGUGAAAUGUCGCUGCCUCCUGAAAUGGCGAAUAUUGAAAGUGUUUAUUUGGAGCGUGUAAACAUGUCUGCUUCAACAUUGCGUGAUCUCGUUAAGGUAGUGGAGAAAUUUUCACACAAAGUCACAGUAACAAUAGAGUGGUGUGAGAUAGAACCGGAAACAGAGUUUGAACACGUUAAACAAUAUAUACACUUAUCUCAGAAUUUCCGAGUUACGGAGGAUGAACGUCGGGAGGAUGAAAUGUGGGAGGAUGAACGGUGGGUGUUUGAGUUUGAAACAAAAGUUGAAAGUUAA